AUGAUCACGUUCUUAAGGGCUAGUGAUAACAAUCGUGCAAGUACAGUACUUGAAUCGUUCAGUCAAGCAACACAAACUUAUGGCUGGCCCAACCGAAUUCGAGCUGAUCACGGGAGGGAGAAUUGGGAUGUGAAGAAAGCCAUAGAAACUGUCUCAAUCGUGGUUCGUUCAUUCAAGGCCCCUCAGUUCACAAUCAGCGCAUUGAAAGACUCUGGGUGGAUCUUCAGCGUUGGUGCACCAACAGAUUGUCUACAACUGCAAUUCGAUCCUCUCAAAGAUCCUGUUCGUCUCCUGGGUGACGAAGAUGAAGAUGAUGAAUUUCGAGCGCACAGAGACCGGGACUUUUCCGAUUAUGGCAUUGACCAUUUCGAACGAGGUGCAACCCAUCGGCACAAUGAGCGUGAUCCCUACGUUCCUCUUGAUCCUGUCAUUGAAUAUAGGCUGUGGCCGGAAGCCCCUGGCCCAUACCGGACGACUUUGGCGUUCAACGCUACAUAA